AUGGCAGCCGUCGUCGAACGCAGCCCCCCGUCGCAUUCUCCUCCUGGUCCUCAAGCGAAGCGACCCAGGGGAAUCCUUAAGAACUCAUUCCAAAAGUCUCCUCCAACCUCGCCCAACAGCGAACAUCCUCUCACCGAGAAGGAACUCACCAUCGUCAACACCCAAUACAACGCCGGCCACCGCCGUUCUUCAUCUGCCGCCCGACCCUCGGGCUCCCGCCGCCAGUCCAGCCGCACCCCCUCCGCCCAGGGCGACGACGAGCAGGAUCUGGAGUCGUCUCAGCGCCUCAAGUGGGACGAGGCCAACCUCUACCUUACCGAGCAGGAGCGCACCUCGACAAUGAAGAUUGACGAGCCCAAGACGCCCUAUGCGAAGCACUAUGACCCCACCGAAGACCCCUCCGACGACGACGAAGAAAUGGAAGACCCCAACGUUGAGAGGAAGCCUCGCACGGCUCGUACUGGUCCUGGCGUGGAAGAUGAUAUCCCUGUCAUGUCGCUUGGCGAGCCGGAAGAGGCGGUCCCGGAGAGCGAGUCGUCGAAAGAAAAAGCCCUCAAAGCCGUCCACGUCGACGACACCGGCAGCUCUCAUGGUGGCGACGAAGCCGACCUGGCCGGUCUCUCGCCCGAAGAGAAGGAGAAGCACCGACGUUUCGAGCAGUUGCGCAAGAAGCACUACGAAAUGAAGGAUGUGGCCCACUUGUUGGGCCACCCCGAGGAAGUACCAGAAGAAGAGGAUGAUGAGGACAGCACCAACCCGCCUCCUGUCCCACCUCUUCCCAGACCCAGUCAGGCCACCAACGGCCAGGCCUGA